CAUACGAAAGUACCGCGCUGUGAAGUUUUCUUGCUCCAACAUUGUCUAAUAUAAUUGUUGUAUCAGAUGUAUUUCAAGCUUCGCGGGACGUAAAAAAAAUUUGCAAUGGCAGAAGAAAAAAGUGAAAGUCCAAAUAAUAAGCCAGAGCAGACAGAGGUUCCUGAAGAUAAGGCAGAAACGAAGCUUGAUGAGAAGACUGAGCCAAAGGCAGGAUGUAGCAAACAAGAUGAGCCGGCUGAAAAGGCAGGACGAAUUGGGAACAAUGACACUGGGAACUGUUAUUGUGGUAAGGAAAGGAAUCCGAAUAUCGUCGAGCUGCUUUGUGCCAGUUGCUCGCGUUGGUUUCACGAGUCCUGUAUUGGGUACCAGCUGGGAAAACUUGUGCCAUUCAUGGUGAACUACACAUUCAUAUGCAAGAAUUGCUCGCAGACUGGCUUGGAAUACUACAAGAAAAACCAAGCAUCGUUUCCGCAGAUGUGCGUGACGGCGAUCGCGAAUCUGCUGCAGAUGAGCCAAAAGAAGAACGAGCAAAGGAAUCUUUUCCACAAGGACAGAGACAUCAUACCGUUCAUCGACUGCCACUGGGAGAGCAUGACUACGAUGCCCCGUAGAGUCACUCAGUCUUGGCACGCUACGAUUCACAGGGCAUUGCUCAAAGACGUCGGCACACUAUUCACGAUGGACGAGAACUCUUCCGAGGGUCAGGUGUUCGGUCUGGUCAGCCCCGAGUUCACAUCGAUCAAACCGAAUUACGAGGCGAUGAUCAAGGGUGGUCAGCUAAAAGUCACGGAAAUGGGGGUGCAACACGUUGUGCCGCUCAGCGGAGGAUGGCGAGGUCGCAGUACAAAGCGCAAAAUCCCGGGCGAGGGCACAGGCACAAGCUCCGGGAAGAAAGGACGAGGUUCCGACAUGGCAGCGCCCAAGCUGCCGGCCCACGGGUACCCGCUGGAACAUCCCUUCAAUAAAGACGGAUACAGGUACAUCCUGGCGGAACCGGAUCCCCACGCACCUUUCCGACAGGAGUUUGACGAGAGCAGCGAUUGGGCCGGCAAACCCAUACCCGGAUGGCUUUACCGCGCUUUAAGCCCGAGUUCAGUGCUAUUGGCAUUGCAUGACCGCGCUCCACAGCUCAAGGUUUCCGAAGAUAGACUAGCGGUCACCGGCGAGAAGGGAUACUGCAUGAUCCGAGCCACUCACUGUGUAAGCAGGGGCACCUGGUACUGGGAGGCCACGAUUGAAGAAAUGCCGGAGGGAUCCGCCACGAGGCUCGGAUGGGGACAAGAAUACGCGAAUCUGCAGACCCCGCUUGGUUAUGAUAAAUUUGGAUACUCUUGGAGAUCACGGAAAGGUACACGGUUUCACGAGAGCAAAGGUAAACACUUCAGUGACGGUUACGGUGAAGGCGACACUUUGGGCUUCCUGAUAGUUCUUCCAAACACGCACGAUGCGUCGCACAUACCGAAAACUUACAAAGACCGGCCUUUAGUGAAGUUCAAGAGCCAUCUGUAUUAUGAAGAAAAGGACCAAGUGACGGAGGCAGUCAAGGCCCUGAAACCGAUGGAAGGUAGCAAGAUUGUAUUUUAUAAGAAUGGUGUCAACCAAGGUGACGCUUUUCACGACAUCAACAAGGGCGCUUACUACCCCGGAGUUGCGAUCUUCAAAAGCGCGACGGUGUCCGUUAAUUUUGGGCCAAACUUUAAAUGUCCGCCGAGUGACGUCACGUUCAGAGGUAUGCACGAAAGGGCGGAGGAGGCGAUAGCCGAGCAGUCAAUGGCGGACAUGCUUUAUCUCAUGGAGAACGAGGGAAAACUAAGACUGGACACUUUCUCCUUGUGACAUUAGUGCACUUUUUUAUUUUUGUCAUUUUCAUUAUUCAUUAUGCAGCUCCAUCGCAGAUCGCGGCGUUAUCCGGAACUUGUCGUCUCUAAAUCACGCGAAAUUGUUUUUUUUUUAAUUCUCAAAAUCUUUUUUACUCGCAACAAAUGUCUCUGAUUUCGAUGUAGAAAAUUUCUGUCGGGAGAGUCUCGCUCGGAUUGCCUACUAGUAUACUAGUAUAUUAACGGGCUGUACAAUAUUGUUGGAUGUACAUAUAACUGCAAUUGCGGAAAGUAAAAGCAACGGCCAGUGAGAGCCUGA